CGAGUUAACUCCGAAGAGUCCAUAAAUCUCUUGGAGAAAAAGCUUUGUCUUCUACAUCAAAUCUCUGCAUUCAGAACACCCCCAAAAAAAAAUCCAAAAAAAUAUAGAAGAAAAAGAAAAUGAGCCGAGGAAGUGGAGGCGGCUACGAUCGUCAUAUCACAAUCUUCUCUCCCGAAGGUCGUCUUUUCCAAGUGGAGUAUGCGUUUAAGGCAGUUAAAGCAGCUGGGAUCACGUCGAUUGGUGUUCGAGGCAAAGACUCUGUCUGCGUUGUUACUCAGAAGAAAGUUCCCGACAAGCUAUUGGAUCAGACUAGUGUCACUCAUCUUUUCCCUAUUACCAAGUUCCUUGGAUUGUUGGCUACUGGCAUGACAGCUGAUGCAAGGACCUUGGUCCAACAAGCAAGGAAUGAAGCGGCCGAGUUUCGGUUCAGAUAUGGAUAUGAGAUGCCUGUUGAUGUAUUGUCUAAAUGGAUUGCUGACAAAUCACAGGUUUAUACUCAACAUGCUUAUAUGAGACCUCUUGGAGUUGUUGCUAUGGUUUUGGGUAUUGAUGAAGAGAAGGGACCCCAACUCUACAAGUGUGAUCCAGCGGGCCACUUUUACGGUCACAAGGCAACUAGUGCUGGAUCGAAAGAACAAGAGGCAAUUAAUUUCUUGGAAAAGAAGAUGAAGAAUGACCCAGCUUUUACUUAUGAGGAAACGGUGCAGACUGCCAUUUCUGCUCUGCAAUCUGUUCUUCAGGAGGAUUUCAAGGCUACUGAGAUAGAGGUGGGAGUGGUGAAAGCUGAUAAUCCUGUUUUCCGUGUGAUGUCAACCGAGGAAAUAGAUGAACAUUUGACAGCCAUUAGCGAGCGUGACUAGCGAGCUCAGACCAUCAAGAGCUGCUGCAAAAAUCUUUCUGUUAUCAAUCGAAAACGACAAAUGUGCUUUAGUUUAUCAUAUCAUGUUUGAGAGAGGAUAGAAAAAGGGGUUUGUAGCUUCGAAUUAUGUCGUCUCGAAUUACUGCUUGAAACUUUAAAAUUCAUGUUAUUUCUGGGAUUUGAGGAUUAGUUUAUUUGAAAGAACAUUUAUCACAUUGUGAAUUUCAUUUUAGUGGAAAUUUUGCUACAAA